CAAGAUGAUUUGGACAUGAAAGAAUUUGACAUCUGGAAUAGUUUUAUUGAUGUUACAACGUGGAGUGCAGAUAAUUUGAAAAGAAUUCAUCAAAAUUUGUUGAUUAGAUUUUAUCAAAUUUCUUCAGCUGAUUUUUUAUUAAAGUUAGACCUUAUAAAUCAAUUAUACCAUUUGACUUAUGUAUCAUAUCAUAUUGUGGCAAACAUUGUAUCAUAUCAUAUGACAUCUAGUAUCCCAAAAUAUCCUAAUUUGCUGUCAAGAUCUAAUUUUAAGAUUGAUUCUCCUUUGAUAAAACCAGGGCAAUUAAAGAUAAUUAUCAAUUGGAUCAGAAAUGAAAAAAACAUCAAUUCAACACCACCUAAAAAUAAAUACACAUUUACUCUUUUAUAUAAGGCAUCACGUGAUGGUUUUCAAAAUAAUACAUUUAAUAAUAAAUGUAUAAAUCAAGGCUCUUGUCUUGUAGUUACAAAAUGUAAUGAAACAAACAAGAUUAUUGGUGGAUACACUUCAGUUGGAUUUAUUAAUCAUUAUGGCUAUUAUGCUGAUUCUCAGAAGGGUUUUAAUUUUGGUGGUGGUGCUUUAAGUAUGAAUCAUAAUCAUAUUCUUUGUAGCAGUGGCAAUCGUAACUACAAUCAGCUCAAUUUACUUAAUAACAAUACAAAUAGUUUUGAUUCAAAUGAAAUUGAGGCAUUCAAAUUUAUCAAUAAAUUUUGGCUUUUAUUAGAUGAAUCUAAUGCUACGUAUAAUGUGUUAACAUUGAACCAGUUAUUAAGUAAUUCAAAGCCCACUCUAGUGUUUUAA